AUGUCUAAGCGAACACACAGUGAAUUCUCCGGGGAAUCCCUCGGUGGCAGCCCCAUACCUGCUUUGCCCGACUUGACACGAUGGAAAGCCUCAGAGAUCCCGACAGAGCUUCCUCCACUGCCUGCAAUCUCAGACGAAAGAUUAGAGAUGGCAGCGUUCACCCACUCAGGCAUGGUUAGACAACCUGGCCAGAUGUCCUACGAACAGCUUGAAUUCUUUGGAGAUGCCUUCAUUUACCACAUUGCAUCGGAGCUGAUCGGCCAAACGUUUCCCAACCUCUCCCCGGGGAGAUGUAGUCAAAUGCGAGAGAGGCUGCUACGCAAUUCUACCCUCGCGGAGUACUCGCUGGACUAUGGCUUGGACAAGCGAGCCCACUUUCCACUCGAGUAUUUCGGGGCGGGACGUGUCAAUGGGACAAAAGCGACUGACAAGGAGCGUCAGAAGGCCCUGGGCGACAUCUUCGAAGCAUACGUCGGGGCACUUGUGAGGUCCAAUGGUGACCAGGGCCGCAAACAGGCCAUCGACUGGCUCAAGGCUCUGUGGAGCAGAACAAUCGCCAAGGAUAUCAGAGAGGAGGAGAAUAGCAACGGAGGAUCAUUCCAGACUGCGAAGCCAGCCGAGGAUCGACCAGCGGUGGUUCAGCCAAGGGAACGCCGCCCUAAGGAGGAGCUCUCACGUCUCAUUGGCUGCAGGCCCGUCAAGAUACGGUACGAGGAUAUGCCUGGAAAAGCCAAAAGCCACCGAGAUCACCAGAACUUGGCGUUAUUUCAUGUUGGAGUCUACGUCGACGCCUGGGGGAAAACAGAGCUGUUGGCGACCGCCAGUGCCUUGUCCAAGAAGGAGGCGGGCGCCAAGGCUGCCGAAGAAGCACUGAAGAAUAAGAAAGCAAUGAAGGUCUUGAUGGAGAAGAAGAAAGCUUUCCUGGCAGCUCAGGAAAGUCUCGAUUAUUAA